AUGACGCUGGGAUGGAUGUUCGCUAACCGUACAGAUAUUUCUGAUGACGUCGAUAAAUGGGUCUAUUCUAAAGUAUGGACGCCACCACCAAACUAUGCGUUCGAUGUGUCAGUGCCAAAGGGUGGCAAGAAAGGCAAGUUUCAGUCCCAUUGGCUGCAGCGCUACAAGUGGCUUGCAUAUUCUGGUGUGCAAAAGGAUGCAUUUUGCAAGACGUGUGUCCUCUUUCACGCCAAAACAGGAGCUGGAAAAGGCUCUCACCGAGAGUGCAAGAGCCUCGUGACAUUACCCUUUACAAGGUGGAAGGACGCCAUGGAGUCCUUUGAAAACCACUCAGAGACAGACUACCAUAAGAGGGCGACUGUUGACGCCCAAAGCUUUUUAGGUGUGAUGACAGCCAACGUGGACAGCAUCCAGAUGCAGCUGAACAAGCAAGCCAAAGAGGAGCACGAUAGCAACAAAGCCAAGCUGCGCGCGAUCGUUGAGACUGUUCUCCUAUGCGGCAGACAAGACCUGGCACUCGGGGGUGACAACGAUUCUGGGCGGCUGACUCUGGAAGAAUCGGUCAAAAACGACGGCAACUUCAGGGCACUGCUUCGCUACCGAGCAAACGUUAGGGACUGUAUUUUGGCUGAGCACAUUCGGACAGCUGGAAACAAUGCUGUUUACACAAGCCCUACAAUCCAAAAUGAGGUCAUUUCCAUAAUCGGGAACCUAAUUCAGGAUAAAAUUGUGCCAGCGGCCACUCGAGGAACUAUCAUACGGAAAGAAUAA